UGGAAACGCCGUCGCUAGUGAACGUACGCUUGUUCGCGGUCCGUGUGCGAUACAUACCCUUAUUAGACCUAGGUACCAACAUCAAUAUAAAUAUCAAUAGCAGGAGCGGAGCGAGAGAACGACAAAGGGUGGUAGCAUAAUAACAUAACACCCCACUCUUAACGCCCUGUCUUCUUGCCUGUCAUGACUUCUUUAGAGCAGGACUUUCCGAAACGCAAGGAACGUGCUUGUUAGCUAGGGCCAAUGUUCAGUGAAGAUGCGGUGUUAUCGUUUGUGUUAGAAAGAAAAAUGUUUAUUUCAAGGAUAACGGCAUUACUCCUGAAUGUACCGUAAUAUCUCGGUUGCGUUUUGGGUGGUGGAAGCAUACGACAGGAAACGCUGUGCUGCUGUUCUGAAUAAAGCUAUCGAAGAUUCAAAUGUAUGGCAAAGAGCGAAAUAAUUUUAGUUUAAAGUGAAGAAGGUGAAGAAGUACAGAAAAAAAGUGCACGGAAGAAAGAGAAAAAAGUGCGAGAAAUCCAGAAAACGAAAAGUGUAGCUGUGUACUCCUGGUUGCAAACAGUGAGAAACAGCAGCACCAAUAAGAGAAGCACCAAAAGCUUAGGAUGAUAUUUUUCUUCGUGAGAAUGUUCGCGAUCAGCAUUAUCAGCUGAAUCAGUAGUUUAUCGAAGGAGGUUUAAAUAUGUUGUCAGCGAAGUAGUGAAGAAUGUCAGUGGCAUUAUAAUCCGUCUCAUCAAAUGAUGGAUUCGAGGGUAAACUAAACGAGUCUUGCAGCAGAAGCAUAAGACCAGGAGUGGACGCGUGUCUGACACGCGACACGAUCUGUGUAAGAGGAAGAUUUGUAGUGUCCGAAAAGACGAUGAAAAAUGUGAACCAAAUGGGCUGGGCUUCCAAUGCCUGCCAAAGUUUUCAUCGAUGACUUUGGAGUGUUUUCGGCAACGACCUCACAGCCAUCUAAAAUUAUUGGUAUUCCAUAGUAGAAAUUGUGGGGCGGAAAUUCCGCAGCAAAUCUGGCUCUACUCGUGAGCAAUGUACGUAUGGUACUUUAGGCAUACUGAAAGCGAAAAAGUGCUUCGAGAGCGAGAGUCAAGUGAGAAGAAAAAGCAGCAAAAAAAUCGAUAAAAACAAUUCGCUUCUCAUCAAAAAUACAUUUUCACAGUAGGAGAGAGGGAAUACGAUUUCUUUCGAAGGGGUGUUUCCUUUUGCUCUUGGUCUUAGGAGAUUCUUCCUUACCACAGGACGGGGCUGAAAUCGAAGUGACUGGUAAUAGCAGAAUAGCCGGAGUGGAUCGACCGGAUACACUCUGAGGAAGGAUAGAGAGCAGCACGAGAACUGAGUGUGAGAAAUUACACCAAAUUUGGAGCGAAACAUGGAUUUUCGAAUUACGUUACUGCUAAUUAUUGGCACAACCGUGGCAGUUGAGGUCCAUUUCGAGACACCAGACAGCGGUUUUUUCCUUAAGCAUUCACCUCGACAAAGCUCGAUCUCGUCGUCUUCGGCCAAAGGACGAUCAAAUUCGGAUUCUGUGUUGUCGAUAGACAGAUUCACAGUGGUACAGAACAGUCAACCUGUAUCGAUUCGAGCUAGUUACGGUCCCUUCUCAACCAAACAAACCGUCCCGGCCAGAUACAUUGUACCGGAUGCUCUGGAUUCAUCCAGUGAUUCGUCACAGAAUGCGACUGCAGCGUUGAUGGACCUGCAGCAGACAAACCUGCACCUAGAUAUAUCUGCACAUGUCGUCAAGAACAGUAUACCACGAGAUUCACCUGUUCUAAGGGUCCUGUUUCACGCCGGUGCAGAUCCAGGUGGGCAUUUACAGCGUCAAAAGAUAUGUGUAUUACUGCACGCAUCAAUUGGAAAUAAAACGCCAUUAAAAGGACGAUGUAUGCCGGAAGGAGAAGAUGGCGUUUGCGUCGCAGAGGUUGUAAUUCCGUCUAAUUGGUGGCCACCGUUACCGCCUCCCGAGAAGGACGGUCGCCCGACCAUAGCACAAAAGACUCCUCAGAGAAUGGUACAAGUAUCAUACAGUGUAUUUGAACCACCGGCGAGGAGCCCUGAGUUAUGCGAACCUAAAGUGCAGAUUCAACCGUUGACGCCAUUUGCGAAGAUUCCUCUGGUACAGUCUCAUAUGCCUUAUAAGGAUCUACGAGCAGAUGAGACUUUGACCAUCAUGGUGCCCCAGCAACCGCUAUAUCCAUUAUCCAAAAUUCAUGUACCAGUUUUUCUACAUCCCGAGCCAGACCAGAACAUCGCGGUCUUUAUUGUUAGGGCUCGUGUCAAAGCAGGGAUGCGAAUACUCGGUGCCAGUGCGUCUUCGGAAGAUUGGAACGUUUCAGUAGAGAAAGAAAAUACCAAACAUACAGUGGCCAGGGUAACCGCCUUCCGAAAAGAUCAGGAUCCAGAUUCUCCAGUCAGCACAACAGAGGACCAUAAUGCCAAUAAGAUAGUGGAAGUUUUCUCAUGGCUUUUGGAAGUUGCCAACGAUACCAAAGAUCACUGGGACGGUGGGCGUAUUGUGUGGUCCGUUAGUUAUGUGCACGAUGGACCAAAGAUCAAAGAACUGUCGGCAGAAGCCUCCAGUGCCCCUCACGAGGAAGGCAGAAAAAAGAUAGUCGCGAAGUUGGAAAUUCAAAAAGAUGAUAUACAAGCCGUGUUGCCGAUCGCUAAGAAUUGGGAAUUGAUGAACACGGCUGUAUUGACUGGACGUCAAGUAUCUCAGGCAAUGAAAGUAUUCAUAGUUUCUCAAGCUGGUAAAGUGGCUGAUGUCACACUUCAGAGUUCGUGUCAAGCGGAAGACGAGAGUGUCAUAAAAGUUUCUUCAUCCUGUAGCUCAGUGUACGUAGAUGGUUCAGAAGCCAGAGGUUCAUCGAAUGCAUCCGUCUUGGUGAAGUAUGGAACUUACUCUGGAUUGGCUAAGUUUACCGUCUGGAUGCCUGAGUUUCCACUAGAAGUAUCCGUAGCGGAUUUCCGAUUGUCACAGAUAAAAGGCUGGAAAAUUCCUGAAGAACAUAAUGCCGCGAACGGGAAAAUGCGACGGAAAAAACGGGCUUACGGAUGGAACCAUCAUGGAGAAGAUUUUGUUAAUGGUGUCUCGUCGGAUCGAAACGUCUGCCGUGCACGCUAUCAGCAGAGUCCCGUUGAAGUUUAUGCAAGAUUUUUGGCCAUGGAUCAGGACUCCGGUCGCGUGAGUUAUUUGAUCUCUCGACGGACUGGCCUGAGAGUUACCGAUUUGGUGCAGCCUUUGCUAAGAGUAGCCGAUCCGAAGAUUGCCACGCUAAGAGGACGAACACUACAGGGAAGGGCAAUGGGAAGAACAGAUGUGCAGGUGCUAUCUCCAAUUACUGGAAGAGUUAUCGGUGCUCGAGAGGUUCGCGUAGGAAGUGAUAAAGUCAACAUUGAAAGAUUGCUGGUACGGGUUGUCUCUGGUUUGCAGCUUUCUAUUGCUAGUGAUAAUGCAAUUGAGAACGGUUACAUUGCCGAAACUUCGGUUACUAGGAAACUGACUGCUCAAUAUCAGGAAGGCCUGCUAGACAUUGAUCUGGAGUUUUCCGACCGUUCUAGGACUCCUUUAAGGGAUAUUUCGGUUGAUGAUUACUUUUUGCUGGUGGAAAGUUUAGAUACAGAAGUGGUAGCUUUUGCUCCAAUGUUGGCUUCCCAUCACCCAAGAGUGAUUGCCGUUGGGGAAGGAAACGGUGAUUUACUGAGAGUUACGCUGCUGUUAUCUGAAGAAUGCCGCUUGAGAAGGAAUAUUCCGGUGUCGAAACAGGGCAUAAAAUCUUCGAUCGGCCCUCUGGUGAGUGCACUUGCUUCCGUGCAGGUGGACUUCAGUGCCUCUGACAUAGGAACUCGACCGGACACGGUUCAAAAUGACGGAAUAGGUGGACGAGAGCGCAAGCCAGGACACGAGUUAAGUGACUUGGCAGAUAUUUUAAUAGGUAUUCCCCUCAAGGAUGAUCACAGUCAAGAGCCCGCAGCACUUCAACCCUCCAGACAACACCGGGGAGGAAUUCCUGGUUAUACAAACAGUAAGAGCAUGGUUUAUGCUGAUGCCACCUCGUUGGAGAUCGGGAUGUAUGUGUUAUUAGCUGCGUUCUGCUUAGCUAUCGGAGUAUUUGUAAUCUCAUGCGUGGUUUAUGCAUCAAAGUUUCGACCCGUUACAAUUGAUAUGAAUGGUGAAGCAAGUGUUCGAGAUGGUAUGGGGAAUGCUUCAGUGUUGGGCACAAAAGUAACCGAAUCAACAACUAACGCUCAUGAUUGGGUGUGGCUGGGACGUGCUACGAUGGAUCGAUCUGCGAACGGAACGGACUUCAGUGGAAAUAACAGAGAUUCACGAAUGCAUAUCAUCAACAAUCCAAUGAGCUCGAAAUAUGGAGACGCAGAGGAAAGUGUUGUUCAGGUCAACAGCUUCGAUAAUCCAAACCAUAUUCAAUUACCACCCAACACAAGCACUGCGAUAAACUCAAACACUUACAAUAAACGAGACCGCAGGAGCCAUACUAAAAAUGAAGAUGAAAAGGCUCCUCCACUACCGCCACAUGGAGUUCCUGUGAUUGGUGGAGUAGAAUACCGUCCUCCAGUUCCACCCCAUAGGAAUAUGGGUGUAACUGCAAAUGUUGUUCAGCGGCACCAGGAACCGUUGGUCCAGAUGAGAAAUCCAAGACGCGUGCAUCCACGUUAUGUCCGCAAUAGUGGCAAUAAUUGUCCCACAACCAAUCCAGCAUUCGAAAUUCAACUUCAUGGUAAUUCAGCGCAACGCAACCUGAACUUCACUCAGCAGCAAAUCAAUGCAGCACUCUUCAACAACAACGUUCCUCAGUACUCUGUUCAACCUAUCGUACGACAAUCCACGAAAUCACCACACUCAUUUGAAAAUAUGGGAUUCUCUGUAGUCCCACAGUCGCAUCAUCUGUCUAUGGCGGGACCAUCAAAUGGCAGAAACUUAGAAGACCUACACAUGGCCGAACGAUUGGUACAACAAUGUGCUCAAAAGUCAGCUUUCAAGUUUGAUACCAUCAGCAACCCAUCGAGUAGCAGGAACAAUGCAGUGGCUACUAAUCUCUGUAACGGUGAUCCAACAGUUAGUAGUAAUGCUCAGGAAUGUCCGCCGGUCACGAUGGAAACGACCACUGAGAUCAAUUCUCUAGCUGCUGCAACGGAUAAUAGACGGUUUCGCUGUGAAGAUUGUCCAAGUGAUGUGAAAACCCUCGACUCUAGUUCUGACGGUAACGGAGGGUUUGUAACACCUCCUACCGAGGAGCAGCAACAGUUACAACAACACAAUCAGUCCAAAAUACCAAAGCCACCGUUGCCCCCAAAGCAUAACAAACCAACGGUUGUGGGAAAUCCGAUGUUUGCUAGCACGCCCGAUAGCGAACUUGGGCCUGGUGAGAGUCUUGGUCUCGAUGAUUUAGAUAUGGAUUACGAACAAAUUAUGCACUAUUUUGACAAUUUGAAGGAAUCGAAUGCCUGAGUUCAAGAGAUCAUUGCAAAGAUCCGCGAGAUACUGUCCACGUUCCAGCAACAGUACCGGAAUGUAGCCAUAUCACCUGUCAGCAGUCCAAUGUGCAUACCCAGUAUUAACGACCCAAACUUCGAACAGUUUUUCGAACAUUUGAGUGAGUCGUACGCCUAAUUCGUAUCGCGUUACAUAAAUCGUACAUAUUCUUGUUCCUCCUCGGUUCAUCUGUUCAACUCUGAGAAGUAUAUUCUAACUAAUCACAUACUUAAAACCGUCAGACAUUGUUUUCAAGCUAUAAAUCAUAUUUAGAAUAUGCAUUUUUUUAUUGUUGAAGAAAACGACGCGACUGUAUUAUAAAUUGAUCUCACUUGUCGUUUAAAUAUGCUUUAUCGCGAUAAAAUUACAAUCAAUCAAAUGGGGUUAAAACUAACGGAGCAUCUUUGCAGUGAUCGUAAAACUAAAGAACAACAACAUUUCAAUCUGGUUGAAGUUCGCGAAGGAAAAGUAACAAUAAUAGUACUUCCACACACAAAAAAAGAAUAAAUCUGUGUAUAGCACUCGACAUUUUUGUCAAAGUAGGAAAUUUGGAGAUAAUGCCGAAAAAAAUACAUACUCAAAUGAUUGUUUUUUUUUGUGACGUGAUUGCAAACAUAAUUUCAGUGGUAAGCAACAGAACUUGAAAGCUUUCAUAUAUCUGGCUUGAUCGCAAUACUAAAGUAAACAAAUAAUAACAACGCUCAAAGCGUACCUAUUUCCAAAUUUACACCUGCGACGAUCGACAGUUUCAUUUCAAUAUUAUGGGACUACACAAGCACUGAAAGAUUCCACAGCAGUGAUCACGAUUACACACGUUUGAAAUGUUCCGUACAUUUAUCCCGCAAGUUUAGAACAUUUGAAUAAUCUGUCGGGUUUGUUGAUUGAAAAACAGUGAAUCAAAUUACACUCUAGUCAUUUAGUUGAAGAAAUUGGAGGAAGGAUAUAAGCGGAUUAUAAUUAUUGCAAAAGUAUAUAUUAUAGAAACAGUUGUGUAAGAUAACUUAAUAUGUAAAAAAUGGAAACUCAUACCUUAUAUUAUUAUCAUUAGUACAGCUUAAAAGCGUAAUGGAACCGUUUUACAUGAAUUAACACAAACCCAGUGAAACCGGCUACAGUUUUUUAGGGUACCUAUGUUAAAACAUUGAUUUCUAUCGAACCGCUUCGUAUUCUACUGAGAAGGAAACUAAAUUGAAAAGCAGAAACACGAUUCAUAUCAUAUCGAUUCUAUGAGACAUUGUUUAUUAUGUAAAUAGAAUUUUUUAAUGUGGCAUAAGACAGCUUGAUUUCAUAAUUGUACCUCCGUUGGAUUAGCUGUUUAUAUCAAAGAGUGUGUCAUGAUUUCAAGAUUGUAUUUUAACGAACUUCAGCCAUAAAAAUGCAUUUUCAAAACCACUUACAUUGUCUAUACGAAAAUGAUACCAAAAAUUAGCUUUUUAAGGACCACUUAGGCUUAGAUUACAGUCAACACAGAAGAUUUAGUUCUAUGCAAAAUGAAAUGCAUUACCAGGAAAUAUUAUACGCUGUUCAUUACGCGCGAUAUUAUGAAUGAAAUAAGAAAAAAAUAUGGAAACACAUGUACCUAUUCAUCGCUAAGACAUUGGACUCAUUGUUAAAUUUGGAUUUCUUUCAAUUUUCCAUGUCGUUUGUUCUCAUCGAGCUUCCAACUGGAUCGUAAAAACAUUCCCUACAGUCUUCAAGUUUGUCUUGAUUGGACUCGAUUGUAAAUUGUUUAAACAAACAAUUAUUUUUACCAGUUUUCACAUAUUAUUUUUGUCGAUGAGUUUGCUCUCAAUUAGUUCAUCUGUGUCAUAAGAUUUCAAUUAUACGUAAGCAGCUCCAGCUAUACUGAGACAAAUCAUUCAUAUGAAACUAUUUAACAAAAAUUUACUAGAAAAAUACUAUACUCAUCUUCUAUCCGCUGCCGCUGUUUUACUGUGCACUUCCUCAGCUUUUACUUGCUGUCUUUAUAGUAAAAAUAAUGUUAUUCUGGUCACACCUCGGCUUGUACGUGUGUGUGGAAAUCUGAAGCGAGGGUUAGGCGAUUGAAUUUUGAUAGCAUUAUUCUGAAGGAUUGCAAUUUUCAUUUUAUUACACCGUAAUGUCGACGUUGUGCAUUGCUCUCACUAAACCUGUCUCACUCAAGGAAUAUUCAUAAAAAGUGUAGUUAUCUCGAUUGAAAUAUAUAUAAUUAAUUUUCGAGCCAAAGAAAAUCUCGCUACUAGCAAACAAUUCCACGAUAAGUCAUUGCUUCAGAUAACCAUAUAACCUAUUGUUGAGUCAAAAAGGAGUCGAGUGCCAGUUUUUUCCUUAUUGAAAUCUCAAUGUUAACUUGAUUUUACUCAAUAAUGUUAAAUUUUACCUUCAAAAUUCUACUGUAAAAUGAAUUUAAAAAAAAAUCUUGUUUACCUAUUUGCAGUUGUUUGCACUAGAUUCGAAGAACGGCGCUUGGACUCGUUGACUUAACAUAAGUCAUAUCUUUUCCGUCUUUCUAAAAUCUAGAAUCACUCGAAAAAAUAAGUUUAACUAUUCAUCUAGCAUUCUUUAAUUUUUUGCAGUUGCAGAACAGCAACAAAAUCACAACCAAAAUGACCAGCUAAAUGUAUAUUGUUUAUAAAUGAGCUUGAUUAUACACGCAAUCCGCAAAUACCAAACUUACAUUACAAAAAAUGGACAAAGUUAUAUGCAACAGUAUAUAGAUAAAUUUAAUGCAAAAGAACAAAUAAUGCAAAUAUUUUGUAUUCGAUAUAACAUUACGGAGGUAUGAUUUCUAGAAAUAUUUAUACAUCAAGAGAUCCGACGCAUGAUUAGAGCAGAAAUCGACAAAUGUUGAAAAAUAAAAUAGCAAGACACAUGAAUGUUUAUUCCAAAGCAGCAAGCGUGUUUAGAAUAGUGCAAGAGGCAGAAAAUAUACCGUUCGAUAGCAAGCAAGUCCUAGGCAAGCAAAGAUAUAUUAUGGAAUAUUAUCUAAGUGGAACACUGACAAAUUAUCACAAGUCCGUUCAAUGAAUAACCUAAUGUGGUAAGGUGUAAUAUAUUAUAGCUGAAAAUAUAAAUAAUGCAAAAUGGAUACCAAAUUACAAAGAAAAGAUAAAUGUAAAAGCCACUCCCAAAACCUUUUAUGAACCCCAUAUACGCUAGCUAAAGACUUUAGGUAGGAUUGAAUCAGAUUUCAGUCAGAAAUUGGCGAGCACAAAUACAAUCAUGUGCGUUCCAAAAUUUCGAGAAACAAAAAAAACCGUUCGCCGUAUCACGUUAGGACAUUCGCUAAACCUGAUCGAACCUAAAAUUAAAUAUACAUAUGAAAACCUAUAUAUCAAACCACUAAAACAAAAAUCUGCUUAUACAAGACAUCAAAACAAAACAAUAACAAUAUUAAACGCAUAUAUAGCUGUUGUCGCUCCCAGCAUAAAACAAAGUGUAACCUCUAUACAGGCUAAUACGUACUAAAUAAUAAUACAAUGCUACAGCUGCUCGCGAUCCAAACAAUACACAAGGUGGGAUUCUCUCCAACUGUACUGGCGCACUCUAGGCAAUUCUAUUGGAUUUAUCUCUGACAUUAGUUCGGCUCUUUUUCAUUGAAAUCAAUUGCAAAAUGUUCGAAAUAAUAGUUAAGACUGGAGUUCAAUCUAUUAAAUUAUGUCGAUCAUGAAAGAGCGUAGUUAUUUCUGAAGCUUGGAAAACGGCCUUUCGACUGAAAUUGUUAAAGUAAUCUCAUAUGUUUUUAUAUUAGUAUUCUGCUUAUGUUUUCUAUAAUUUCAUUCAUGCUCCAACAAAAGAAAUCAAAGAACAGACGUUUCGCUAGGUUUGAUAAUUGUUGUUUAAUUAACAGCCAAUUCUUUCAAUGGAUAACCUCGAAAUUGUAAUGCAAAGUACUGUAUGAAGAUCGUAUUACCUAAAAGACACAUUCUAAAAACUUUGUUCACUUAAUAGCUUCACGAUAAAUAAAACUUCAAAGCAAAUGUAAAACACAACAAGCUGCAAAUAUUAGUUUCAUGAGUUGUGACGGAAUCAGAUUUGUAAAAUUUGUUUAGGGAGUUUUCGCAUUCUUUGAUUAAAUAGAUUAGUGAGUAAAUACAAGCCAUACGAAUUUUGUUGACUAAUUGUAAUGUUUUAGUUUAUGUAAACUGGUUUUUUAACUGUUCUGUUUUCUUUUCCUUUCGUUUUCACUAUUCCAAUACUUACUAAAGUUAUUUUCAUAGACUACACGAAAUGGCAGUGUUGACUUAUACGCCCAGUGACAUAGUGAUAAAUCGGUAUAAUUGGUAUGCUUAGUACCUGACUAUGUAAUCUUCCAAUUGAUGCCACUCUCUGAAUUUUCCCAGUUGUUAGAUAUUCAAGUUUUUUUUCUGCGCUAUUCAUCGAAUGCGAACAUUUUAUUAUAUACAGUUACCACCGAUCAGUUGAACGCUAGUACUAGUUGAGGGCAAAACGCCGCACAAUUAUACUGGAAGAAUGCAAACAAACAAUUAGUCCUUAGAACGUAAUAAAAAAAAAACGACAGCAGCUGCUUGUAAUGGCAAUUUCAAUACAAAAUGUUUUAGGAAAAUUGCACCGAGUCCUCAUUGGUUAGGAUGAAAUGCAACAGUAAAAAUCGAAACUUUGACGUAGCCGAAAAAACAAGCGAGUUACGAAGUCGUGCAAGGAACGAUAUUAUUUAAAUUAUUACAAAAUAUAAACAAAUAAACGAGAUAUUAUUUGUAACUGUAAAAAUAAACAAAAAGUGCUUAUAUUAA